CAACAAAUUAAUCAACCAAUCAACUUGUCUGGUAAAUUUCUCUCAAAAUCACAGAUUAAAUUUAUAGUUUAGCUUUUGGAAAAAUAUCAAAAUUGAAUUUAAGGAUGGCAAUGGAAACGAUCUUGGGCAUAAAGGGCGAGGAUUGUGUGAUGCUUGCCUGUGAUACGAUGCAGGCGAAAUCUGUGAUCUUUAUGAGAGAUGACCAGUCGAAAAUUCAUCGUCUCUCCGAUUUCGCAAUAUUGGCAGCAAUAGGCGAUGGCGGCGACACUUUGCAGUUCACCGAUUAUAUAGCGAAACAUCUGAAGCUAUAUAACAUAUCGAAUGGCUACCACCUGAGUCCGCGCGGUGCAGCGCACUUUACGCGCAAGAAUCUGGCGGAUUAUAUAAGGACCAAUACCAGGUAUCAGGUGUCGAUGCUGUUGGCUGGCUACGACAGCGUUGAAGGACCCGAUCUACAUUUUAUCGACUCCUAUGGCGCUGCCAUGCCCAUUAAUCAUGCUGGCCAUGGCCUGGGCAGCCUCUUUUGCGGCAGCAUCUUCCAGCGGUAUUGGACGCACGAGCUGAAGCAGAAGCAGGCCUACAACAUAUUGAGGAUGUGCGUGGCCGAAAUCCAAAAGCGUUUGGUCAUCAAUUUGCGUAACUUCGACGUGUUCGUCGUGAACAGGAACGGAACGAGUCAGCUCGAAUCGAUCAAUCCGGCUUCUUUCGAUGCCGAUAUGCUAUGUUUAUCGCUGUCUACUAGUAUUCAAAACUAUAAUACAAAAUCGUUAAAGUAGAAUGAAAAAGUAGGGGAUAUCAUUGCUCAGGUAUGUCAUUAUGAAAGUUUUAAGGGACUUGAGCGAAUCAUGAAUGAGUGCUGUAAAAACUGUAAUCUAAAAUAGGCUAAAUAGGGGUAAAUAAGAACCUGUGCCCAGCUAGAGAUAGAAUAGAGAAAUGCAAUUGAAAUAAAACGUAGCAUAUUUCAGACAUAUAAAUCAGCUAACAUUAGCUAGACUUUCAGCUGAAUUAUUGGCUUUAAAUUGUUCAUAAAUAUGACAAACAUAAAAACAUUGAUAGAUCCUACAUAAGUUUUCUAACUAUCAAAUUCCAUUUACAGGAGAAAUAACUUAAAAUGGAAUUACUGAAAUUUUGCAUACAAAAAUGUUAAAGAAGAUCCAAGUUCCCCAGACAACCCUCUACUAUUUAAGCUUUCCACGUUUUGGCUAGAUCUCCAAUCAGUCAGGCAGUCAGCCUCAUCUACAUCUAUUUACAUAUGCUAUUCUCUAUCAGCUGCAUGAACUGAUGGGUGGCUGAAUGUCUUUCACAUUUAAUGCUGCUUAACUUUUAUCGAUUAAAACUUUUGGUGGCUUUUUUA